CAGCUAAGGUGGGUCCCAUUUAUGAUACCUCACCCUUUUAAACUCAACGACUGGUCUGAAACUCGACUGGUCUGAAACUUAUCUUUCUCCAAACAGAGCAAAACAGUCUCACGAUGGCAACUACCACGUCAUCUCCGCCGUGCCAUAUCUCCGUAUCAUUCCUCCGCCAGCUUCCUCCUUGCACCACUGUUCAGUUCUUCGGUUUCUCACCGACCCAGCGUAAACUGGGCGGGUUAACGGUAGCCCGGAACAAUCUGGCGCAGGAUUUUCUCGGGGACUGGGGGGCACGUGACCCGUACCCGGAGGAGAUAGCUAGCCAGUUCGGAGACAAAGUGUUGGGGCCCCAAAGCACAGAGCACAAGAUUCUGAUUCCUAAUGCCUCUGUUCUCUCUCUCUCGCAGCUCGAAUGCUCCCCUGUUUCGCCUUCUCAGGCUCCUUUAUCCCCCGAUGAGGCCAAAGCGCUCCUCCAUAAGGUUUUGGGAUGGAGUAUAGUGGAGGAUGAAGCGGGUGGUAUGAAAAUAAGGUGCAUGUGGAAGGUGAGGGAUUUUGGGUGCGGCGUUGAACUCAUAAACAGGAUCCAUAAGGUUGCUGAAGCUUCUGGUCAUUACCCUUCUCUCCAUUUGGAAAGUCCUACCCAAGUUAGAGCUGAGCUAUCUACCUCUUCCAUUGGUGGGCUGAGCAUGAACGAUUUCAUAAUGGCGGCAAAGAUAGAUGAUAUCAAGACUUCUGAUCUUUCCCCAAGGAAAAGAGCCUGGGCAUAACAAACGUGGAUUUUUCAUUACUUAUCUCAUAUUUGUGACAUUUUUGUAUGAUAACAAUAUAAUAUAAGUGAUGUAUUCGUUGGUCUUUAUGUUAAGUUAUUAUAUAGAAACUAUGUAUUAUUCAUCAUCAUAUUGGAAAUCAUUUUAGCACAAAA